GCGGAGCCGGCCGGCCGCCUCAGCGCCGCGCUCGCCGAGCCUCGCUCAGCCGCCGCCGCUGCUGCGGACGCUUCUUCUGCUGCGGGCUCCGCGCGCCCGAGUCCGGGGCCGAGAGUUGGCAGCGCGGACGGGCAGGAGCCGAGAGGAGCGGAGCCCGUCCGAGCGGGGAGCACAAUGGCUGACAACACAAGUAAACUCACCAAGCAUGUGAACAAAACACCUCCAAGGUCUCCUGCAGAUUCCGCAAAAGAGAAAGCAGCCAAAAGGUUAUCCUGCGACUCAAACAGCUCCCACGACGGGGCCAGUGGGCCAGAGUUAAGUGCUCUUGAAGAGGCUUUCAGGAAAUUUGCUAUCCACGGGGAUACGAGAGCCACGGGGAAAGAGAUGCAUGGGAAAAACUGGUCCAAGUUGUGUAAGGAUUGCCAUGUGAUUGAUAGCAAGAACGUGACUCUCACCGAUGUUGACAUCGUCUUCAGCAAGAUCAAGGGGAAAUCCAGGACAAUUACUUUUGAGCAGUUCAAGGAAGCACUUCAGGAGCUCUCCAAGAAGCGUUUCAAAGACAAGAGCAACGAGGAAGCAGUGCAAGAAAUGCACAAGCUCAUUGAAGGGAAGGCACCCGUCAUAGCUGGAGUCACGAAAGCCAUUUCAUCUCCGACUGUCUCACGGCUUACAGACACAACGCGUUUCACUGGUUCCCAUAAAGAGAGAUUUGAUCCAACUGGGAAAGGCAAAGGCAAAGCAGGACGUGAAGAUCUGGUGGACACAUCUGGCUAUGUAUCUGGGUAUAAGCACGCUGGCACCUAUGAUCAGAAAGUGCAAGGAAGCAAGUAAGCCUGAAGGUUCAAAGCCUGAAGGAAGGUUCACCUGUGAGGGGUGAGCAAGACGAGUCUCACCUGUUGCUGUCAAUGCCAAAAAGACUAUGUUGGAAAGCUGUCUUGUAGGAUCCACUUUUGACAUCGACUGAGACUUGCAGUGAAAGCACCACUUCAUUACAUUCCUCAUGCUUUAUGGCAGUGAAAAGGAAGCAGCAACGCGUUCUGAGCAAGAAACCACACCCAAGGGCUCUCUCACCACACCUCGUCUGUACUGGUAGCAGAUCGCAAACAUUCCUAUAUGCCUAAUUCUCUGUCUUGUUCUGCUGUCUUUUUUUUUCUACAGUGGAGGCUACGUGUGCUAGUAGCUUUGCUAAAAAGAAUCCAAUUGCUCAAUUUGAUUAAUUUUAUCGAACAAUGUCUUAAUAUGGAACAGAUGCACCUCAAAUGUAAGAAUUCAGCCUUUAACUGAAGGGAAUUAAAUGGCUAUUGACUUUUAUUUUUAUUUUAAAAAGGUGCUAUCCUGUAAAAGCCAAUACAUUUAUUUCAACCAUUUGCGAACAAGAGCAGAAACAAUAAUUUAAAGCAACUUUCCCCCUCCAUUAGUAGAAAACUGAGACCCCACUUGUCCCAUCUUCUCAAAGAAAAGGGAAAUUGCAGCUCUCACUUCUAGCCUCCGAAUAUAUUUUCUUUUUUAAAAAACCAAAACCAAAAACCAAAACACUAUGUGUCAUUGAAGUUAUGUAUUACUAUUUCUGUAAGAUUGCAAGAAACAUGAAAUAUGACAGUUCAAACCCCCACCCAAAUAUCUACCGGUAUUUGAAAUACUACCAGUUGAAAUUAUCUGCUUUGUCUGGAUCAUUACCUUAAACAACAUUUUGAUUCAUUAUGUUGGUUAAAUAGUUCCAAAAUAAAGGAAAUUUGUUGUUUUCUUGUUCACUCAGUGUAAAGCAGACAGAAUUUAAUUGUCAGAUUGUUUGCUGAUGCAAAACAAAGGUAGAAAAGAUUAAAUGCAGAUUCAUUGUUUUACAAAUGAUGUCAUCAGCCAUCAUGUUCCAGUGAGCCAGUCUAAAUAGUGCUGAAAUGUUGCUUCUUUUAAGGGAGAAAAAAGGAUAUAAUUAACAUAUUUUCUGAAAAAGGACAACAUACAUAAUGUAUUUAUUUAUUUGAAGGAUUUCUGUGUGUGUAUGCUGAAGAGUAAUUGUCUAGUCAAUAAGGUGAUUUUUAUGUGUCCUGUCUUUAUGAUUGAGUAAAUACCACACUGUGUUGAACUUACAAUCCAGUAAAAUAAUAGCUGUAAUUUUCUCUUGGAGGUUUGCCAGAAGUGGAGUCCUCAGUCUUGUUUUCUGUGGAAUACGGUUCAGCUGUAUCUCCUCUGUAGAAAAAUAGAGAUUGGUCAACUUUACUGCCAUUCUUAAUAGCUAUCUCUUUGACAGGCCGAGUAAACGCUGAAGAGUUGGCUGCACUGAUUUGCUUACAGUAACUCUGACUGUUCCUUCGCACAGGCCAGCACCUUGAAGUUGGCCCUUGUCCGGUCACUGGCCAUCUGUCAUUUGCAGUUGUCUUUAUCCUAAUUGUUAAGGAAGGUAUUUAUUGUGACUUUACAACCAUGCAUUCUUCAGCAUGUACCACAAGCAUGAAUCCAAAAUAAUGAUGAUAAUGUUGUUAAGCACUGCCGUUGUAUGCCUGGAACCUUUGUUUUUUGACAUUUUGAAAUGUCAGGUUUGGGAAGAAGGAAGUCUGUAGAAUUCUCAGCAUGUUUUUGCAGGAUGGUGGUUUUAGUGGUUGCUAGAAAGGGUCUGUGAGUGUGCCAGUCCUGUUGGUAUUGAAAUAGUGAUAGUUACUAUCAGUUAUAUAUAUCCAACUGCUUUCUGGGGACAAGCUCAGUAUCUAGAGUGUUGAUAAUAGCUGGUCUCUAAGGUGCUACUGGAAGGAUUUUUUAAAUUUUGUUUUGACUGCAUCAGACCAACACGGCUACCUACCUAUAAUUGAUAAUAGGGCUGUUUGCUUUGAUGGAACAAUGAGCACUGAAUAUUUUAAUACAGACCCUCUGGAACCCAUUUGUCAAGCUUAACACGAGGCUAGGCUUAUGGGGAACACCCGGAACUUCAUUACACUAAACUUCAUUACUGUAAACUUAAUUACACUAAAUUCAGAACAAAUCCAGCUAUGUCAUCCAGUGGCAGCUAAUCAACACAAUGGAUGUGAAAGACUCCAUUCGUGUAAUAUGAGCAGAUGAGCACACCAGGAAGAUACCUGAUUUGUUGAUCCAGUCUAGCUUGUCUCUUGUGUAUUUUGCUUUUCGGGAAACAUUUUUUUGUCCAAAACCUGGCAGCUAUUUGCUCACACGAAUUGGCCAUGAACACUGAUUGCUCAUUGUAAGGAGGAGCUUAAGGUAACAAUAAUGCCACCAGGUUCUGGGCAAAUAGUAGUUUUGUUUUUGAUAGAAACUUCCUUUAGCACUGAAGUCUACUGCAGAACUGUCAUCUAAAGAUUUUAGAGCAGGCAUUACAUAUCAGGUGGCCUUCUAGAGCCAGGGAAAGCUACUUUUAAAAUGAGCAAUCCAUGUUCAUUUUCAUUUAUUUUAAAACAAAAAGACAAAGAGAUGCUACCAUUGAAGCGUGAACGUCUAAAAAGCGAGCAGUUUUGUGAAACAAUGACACGCUCUUCUGACAUCCCGGUUUCUCUUCCUUUCCCCAUCCCCAUUCCUUGUUCUGAAACUGUUGGCUUUUUCUAUCCCUUUUUCUACCACUGUGCCACUAAAGGAGGAGGCUGUCUCAUAAGAAGCAAGGCCUGGGUGUCCAUGCAUCAGACCACAGUUUAUGGGAAAAAAUGACUACUUCCUCCAGUCCAGUCACCUAAUAACACAAUCCCAUUCAUGUCUGCUCAAAAAUAAGUCCCACUGUGUUCUUUGGGGUUCGCUCCUGGGUGAACAUGCAUAGGAUUGCAACCUAAGUCGCUGUUUGCAUGCAAUAGUGUACUUGGAAUAUUCUUACUAUAUCAGCUACUCUCAUCCCUGUAUAUUCCUUGUCAGUGAUUUCUGCCCCCUUUAAAGAUUUAUUUAAGUGCAAAACAUACUGUAAACGUCCAGUGAUGCCGGCCUUUGUUGUCUCCUUUCCAUACAACAGGUUAUCGUCAUCAGGCCCUUUUGAACGCUUAUAAAUAGGGGGAAAUAUGAAUUCUUCAAAUGUGAAAAUGAUACAAUCUGUAGGUUUUUUCAAAAAGCUAUUUUACUACCACAAGGUGUUUACAAUUCUUUGCUGAUUGAAUAAAUCACAUUAAGCACAUAGUGUUCUUUUGCUAUGUGUAAAUCACUACAGGGUAUAUUAUGUAUAUAUAAAUAAAUAUACAUACGUGCAGUUUUAUGCAGCCUCUUAAUGGUGCACACUUUUGUAGCAUCAUGCACACUGGGACUUCCUUGUUAUCUGCUGAGACCUGGAAAAAUGUGCCCAGAAUACAGCCCAUUCCUCACCCAAGAAGGACCUGCGUAUGUAUAUGGGAGCCUGUAUUUCCCUUCCAAUUUUAUAGACAUACAAUUUAUGGAGUCAAGUCAAUCUUCUCCCCCCCCCCCCUGCUUGCAUUCCUGUGCAUGUCACUGGAAUUUGUACUGGACGUUUUGGGCUGAAUGUGACUUACCCGCAUCCCCCCCCCAAAAAAAACCCC